CUUCCCUCCAACAUCAUCUUUACAACCUCAAUUCCUUCAAACUGUUGCUUUCAUAAUGGCUCGAAUCCACUGCGCUAAUGCGCAAUCGACCGCCACUUCUUUUAUUCAACUUGCACGACGAAGCUACACAACGACGCCCCAGACCUCAACGCCUCUCGAGUUCCUUAUUCCACGAUGCACUCCCUCAUCUCGACUACGAACCCCUCAUAUCACCAUUGCACAAUCCAGAACAUAUGCUCAUCCUAGACGGUCGUGGGACGUUAAGUCAAGGGAAACAGCUACGAGGCAAUUCUCGACUACUGCUAUCAGACAGAAGACACGGGCUAUAUUGAAUCCCCAACAAGAUGAGGAUGGCAAUGAGAUGAUGCUGGAAAUUACUGAACGAGCUGCCAAGCGUCUCAACAAGAUCAUGGAAAAGGAUGGCAAUCCGAAUCUCGCCCUAAGGAUCCAAGUCGAGAGUGGUGGUUGCCAUGGCUUCCAAUAUCUCAUGAGCCUUGUUACUUUACCAGCCAAGGACGCCGCCGAGUGGUCAUCCAUCGUGAACGAGGACGAUACGAUUUUCCAGUACAUUCCCGAUGACGCUGAUCCGGCCACAACCUCGGAAGAGGGCCCUAAGAUCAUUCUCGAUGAGCCAUCUCUCGAUCUCCUCAAGGGCAGCAAAGUCGACUUUACAAUGGAGUUGAUCGGCUCGCAGUUCAAGAUCAUUGAUAACCCACUUGCUACCAGCAGCUGUGGUUGUGGCACAAGCUUUGAUAUCAAGAUGUAGAAUACUCAACCUUUAGAGAUCUGAAGAUUCAAGAUCCAUAGAUUUAAAAGUGGUUCUCCACAUGUAUAGUUGGUAUUAUUAAUACCCCUCCCAUGUAUGGCGAGAAUGCAGACGGCACGUGAGAAAACUUUUCACAAUUGCUUCACAUCACGGGAAAUCAC